AGUGUCGCUCCCACGAGUACCAAUAGUAUCAUGGACAUUGCAAACAAAGUAUUGGACGGGGCAACAACACAGUGGCAAAGUCGUGGGGGUGACAGUUUGGUAGGUAAAUUAGAAAAUGCGAAAUUUAAAAAUAGUAGUCCAAGUAACCUGGACGACAACAAAAUUUGUGACCUUGAUAAAAAAACACAUACUAAUGAUUAUCGUACAUAUAAACAGGGUGCUGAUGGUAAAAAUCCUAGAGAACACAAUGGCCCCUGCACAGGAAAAGGUAAAAAAGGAAUUGGAGACGGAAAAAAGUGGGAAGCGAAGCCUAGUGAAGUCAAAAGUGAUGACCACAAAGGUGUAUUAUUCCCUCCUAGAAGACUAGAUAUGUGCACCUCAAACUUAGAAAAUCUGGACACAACAGGU